ACACUUUUUGUAGCGGUGCGCUCUUCGCGUGCUAGCUCAUUCUGGGGCGGACCUCUCGAGCGCUCAGAGCACGCGCGUGCUUUUCGCUUGCUGCCGAGAACUUUUCCCAAGUUUCCGUUCGGGCAGUCGUGAACUUGCGGCAGUGCGGGAUGUUGGUCGACUACGCUGACACCGGGCAGACCCGGUGAAGCUUGGGAAAAAAGGUGGCAUCUCCGCUGCAACGUUCGACUUGAAGGUGGUGUUCAAGCAUGCGUUGCGGUUUCUUGUGGCUUCUGGUGGUGUUGAUAGGUGGUUGGAGGUGCUUGGCCGACGGAGUCGUAGACACGCGUGAGGUUGUGAUGGAUCCCGACAACUUGUGUCCUCCAGAGCACUGGCCGUGUGGAACGAACAGCAGUCACUGCCUUCCCAGGGAGCUUCACUGCGACGGGAUCAUCCACUGCGACGGUGGAGAGGACGAGCUCAAGUGCGAGGAUACUCACGGAGGCAUUCCGGUGCUCAGGGACUCCCUGAGAGAGCGCAUGGUGUACCAUAACGACAGCAAAUCCGAGGUGUAUUAUCGACGAGGCUGCAAUCGUACGGACGUCCCAGAGGGCUGUUACUGUGAUCUUUACUUCAGGCUGAGGGUAUUCUGCCAAAGUGCGAAAACGACGAGUGUACCACCGCCCAUACCUGAUGCUUCGCGCCUGUUGUUCGAGGAUGCGAGGCUGGGAGUUUUGCCAGAAAAUGCAUUUCUGGGUUACAAGAAACUUCGAAAUCUGCAAGUGCAUUUUCUCACACCCAUUCUUCAUUACCGAGGCACUUCAGUUAUCGUUAUUAACUCUCACCACUUUUACAGAUAUUUUACGAGGUCCCUCUCCGGAAUAUCGCCUGGUGCUUUUCGCGGGCUACACAAUGUAGAGUUGUUGACAAUUGAACAUAACAGUAUGUUGACGGAGUUACCACCGAAGGCUUUUCUGGGACUAUCGAACUUAACUUGGCUGAGCCUCAGGCAUAAUCGAUUUGAAGAAUUCGAUGUGGAGGUCACGCGAGACAUCCCAAAUCUACGUGUCCUAAAUCUUCAAAGCAACGGCUUCCGAGGUACCUUGGGAGGGUUUCCAGAUCUGAAGCUUCUCACGUAUCUGAGCUUGACGCACAACCGCCUGGAGGUGAUCGUAGAGAAAACGUUUCAAGGCCUGCCCAAGCUCGAGGUGUUGGUGUUAAGUCACAAUAGGUUGUUCGAUAUACCUGAACAAGCCUUCCGGAACAACUCUAAUCUGUUAGAAAUAAAUUUAGCCUUCAAUUCCUUGGCAUUUCUACGAGCUCGCCUGUUCAGAGGGCUGCGACACUUGAAAAAGAUCGAUAUAUCCUCAAACCCCAUCAAAGCACUUCCUGUGAUUUUGUUCCACAAUCUGCCAAACCUGUAUUCAUUGAACCUGACAGGAGUGGAGAUCUCAAACAUCGACAUCCGUCAUUUCAGGCAUCUCCCCAAGCUGGAGUUCAUCUAUUUCAAGAAGUUCCACUACUGCAGUUACGCUCCAUACGUGAGAAUCUGCAUGCCAAAGACGGACGGCUUGUCGUCGACGGAACACCUGCUGGUGUGGCCCGUGCUGAGGCUCUCUGUGUGGAUCGUCGCCCUGACCACCUGUGCUGGAAACAGCGUGGUUCUCACCUGGAGGGUGCUUUCCAAGAAGGAAGAUCGCGUUCUCUCACUGUUCAUCAAGAAUCUCUCCAUGGCUGAUUUCCUAAUGGGCGUGUACCUUUUGACUGUGGGUUCGCUGGACGUGGCCUUUCGAGAUGAGUACAACAAGCACGCCCACCAAUGGAUGUCUUCGUGGCACUGCACUGUGUGCGGCCUCGUGGCCAUGGUUUCCUGCGAAGUCUCCGUACUCAUCCUUUCGCUAAUCACAAUAGAGAGGUACAGGUGUAUCAAGACGAACGUGCGCGUGGUGACGGUGACAGCUGCUCGGUAUUGUCUGGCAGUGGUGUGGCUGGCAGGUCUUCUCCUGGCAUUGUUUCCGGUGCUACAGUGGCCGCACGAGAGGGCAUUCUAUUCCAGCAACGGGCUCUGCUUCCCGCUUCACAUCGAUGACCCUUUUAUGCUGGGAUGGGAGUACUCCGCUUUUGUCUUCCUCGGGAUCAACUUUUUUGCCAUGGUGCUGAUCAUGAGCCUUUACCUGUCAAUGUUCACGGUGAUCAAGGAAGACCGCCAAAGAGCCCGUCCGGUCACGAUGAAAAAGCAGGAAGACGCUGUGCUUGCUCUCCGAUUUUUCUUCAUCGUUCUCACCGACUGCAUGUGCUGGAUACCCAUCGUCAUAAUCAAGAUUUUGGCGCUCGCCGAAAUACCCAUCUCUGAAAACAUUUACGCCUGGGUGGUCGUCUUCAUCCUGCCAAUCAACAGUGCACUCAAUCCAGUCAUCUACACUCUCGCCGCGCCAACCGAGCUCAGGCGUAGAAUCGAAAAACUUGCCCAGAGAUUGCUGAAGUGCCACAAGCGCCUGGAAUGCCUGCUGACCACUUCCCGUACGCCACGUUCAUCCGUCGCUACUCAGAGCUUGACCGGUACCGACGUUCCGUCGGUGUCAACCGACUGCACUUCCGGUGGCAGCGUCUACCAACCAGUGGCUCCCACAUCGUGUUCAGCCGUCCACGAGAUGUCCGAGGUUUCAGAGGGAGAAGAUGCGGUUCUAUGAGAAUUUGCGCGACACCAGCUCAAGCCUUCGGACGUUGCCUACGGUUACGCAGAACGCCGUAGCGGAAGUUCUUCAACCCCAACUAGAACACGGACCAAGGAAAUCCCGCCGUGUCCAUCAAGAUCCGGACAUGCACCAUAAAAGCUGGAUUCACACGG